UUGAGUGUCUGAAUCAGUCACGUUAGUGCGUGGCGUGUGUGUAAUUGAGUAUUUUGUGUGCACAGUGUGUUGUAUUUAAUCAUGUGAUGCAAUAACGGUGGGAAUGUAAAAAUUAUUUUUAUAACUUAAAUACUAUCAUAUCUAGAAGGAAACGAAACGUGUUCAGCUUUCCGUUUUAACAUCGAAGGUUGGACGACUUAUUCUUCCGAAUAUUGACCGAUACGAUAAAUUGGCGCGCAAAUCAUUCCUGUCACAUUAUCGAAGGAACGUUUAGAAGAGCGUUCCUCGCGGUGCUUUACGAUUUCGAAGACGAGGACGUCAGCAGUGACGAGACCGAAACUAAAAUGAGACCGUAACGAUUGGAAUAUCAACCACUUAGAAAACCAUGACCAGUCCAAACCAAACUGUCGUUGGUUAACGAUUAUUAUCGACAUCGAUUUCAAAUAUAGGGUUUGUGUUAGCUGUUGGAAAAUUACUAAGGACUGUAGACCACUUUCACGCUGACACCUAUAGCGCUAAUUGUGUCUCCACGGUACCAACAUGUCUUCCUUCCGCAAAUUCAAAGAGAGAAUACCUAGGAGAGGAGUUUUAGGAGCAAUGAUGUUUUUAGCUUGUAUGUUUUCAUACAUGAUACGUACAAAUUUAUCCAUUACUAUUGUCGCUAUGGUAAAUACAACUAGUAAACAUGGAGGGACUACUGGUCCAGCAUGUAAUGCUCUACCGAUAAAUAGUACCGUUAACAGAACUACAGUGAUCAACGACUACGGCGAAAGGUACGAAUGGAACCAACAUAUACAAGGUCUGUUACUUUCUGCCUAUUUUUGGGGGGUUCUUCCAUCAAGCGUGCCCGCUGGUCUUUUAGCUGAAAAGUAUGGGGGUUCGAAAGUAGUAGCAUUUGCGACACUAAUACCUGCAGUAUUAAACCUUUUGAUGCCUUGGGCAGCUGGUCUCCAUUAUGGUGUGGUGUUUGCACUGCGUUUUCUGAUGGGUUUCUUUGGUGCAGCUGUUUAUCCUGCUCUUCAUGCAAUGAUCGCUAGAUGGGUACCUCCUAGCGAGAAGGGCAUGUUUGUAUGGACAAUGCAAGGUGGUCCUUUCGGUACGGUAGUAACAUUUACUUUAUGUGGUCAAAUAAUCAGUGCUUAUGGUUGGAAAGCCGCGUACUAUGUUACAACUGUGCUUAUACUGAUUUUCUAUGCCUUAUGGGUUUAUCUUGUAUACGAUACACCCGAUCGACACCCAGCGAUUACAGAAAAAGAAAAAGCUUAUAUCAAAGAACAAAUAGGUACAACUGUUUCGAAAGAAAAAGUGAAACUGCCAGUAAAAGCCGUCCUUACCUCGGUACCAUUCUUAGUUUUGUUAUGGGCACACUUUGCCAAUAUGUGGGGUAUUUAUUUCAUAGCUACGAACGGACCGAAAUAUACUUUAGAAGUUCUUGGUUUUAACAUGAAAUCGGGAGGGUCGAUUACAGGAUUACCUUACAUAGCUAGACUUGGCGCUGGAGUACUGUUUGCUGCGGCUGGCGAUUACGUCCGAAGGAAGAAGAUGUUAACAUUGUCGUGGAUUCGAAAACUAUUUAUGCUCUUCUCUCAUAUCGGGCCAGCAGUUGCCCUAAUUAUAAUGACAUAUGCUGGCUGCGACGCAGUAACCGCAAUCAUUAUGUUAAUAUUGGCAUUAACUUUCAACGGAGCUUCGUGCCAGACUAGUUUACAAAAUCACCAAGAUCUUGCACCAAACUUCGCUGGUUCUUUAUACGGAAUCAUGAAUACGUUUGGCAGUUUUCCUGGCUUUAUUAUUCCGGCAAUUAUUGGUGCUCUAACAAACAAAAGGAACGGUGUGGAAGAAUGGCGUAUCAUGUUUUGGAUUUCUGCAGCGGUAUUUACGUCUGCAACGAUAUUGUUCUGGUUCUUUGGUUCGGCAGACAUUCAACCGUGGAAUAAUUUCGACCAAAAGAAAGAAAUGGAACUCGCGGAUGAAGGUAAACAGAUGACAGCGGUGUCUACGAAGGAAUCAUCACAGUCGGAAGAAGAAGGAGAAAACGAGCGCCUGUAAUUAUGUAUGUAGCUAUAAUUUAUAAAUCAUAGUAGAUAUUGAAUACAAAUAAUUUACUACUAAGGAAUUGCAUUUUUUUUUUUUUUUUUUUUUUUUAUUUACUGACCAAUUUUUCUACUUGUUUAUCGCAACAUAAAAUAUGAUGCAGGAACUCAAUUUCCUAAGUUAUGUACAAAACUGUUAGAUUUAUACAUUUCGUAUGUAAAUUUUGUCAUGAUUCACUUGUAACUGCAUACAAAAUACAUAAUAAUACGAUUUUUCAAUUUUUUCUUAUAAAACGUGCAUCGUUUCGAUGUUCAUGAGCGAAUUCAUUAAUUUAAAAAUAAGAUGAGAUAAAUUUCUUUUCGAACAUUCUUUAAAUUCUUUUCUUCAUAGCCCAUUCGUUGCGCAUACAUUUCAUGCGAACGACUUGGUGUUGUGUCUGAAUCAACACUUCUACCAUUUCCAGUAUGCGACCACAGUUUCUUUGUUUGUGUGCGCGCGCGCGCGUGUGUGUGUCUUUUUUUAAUAUGUAUACUAAAGA